AUGAAAGCCCGCAUGAGAAUAUCAUCUUGUAAUUAUACUUGGCUCUAUCUUACUCUGCUGCAAAUCUUUGUCUACGCUAUUACCUGUAGCAAUGGCUUAGGAUGCCCUCAUUGCAAUCGCCAGAAGUGUAAAUACCCCACUAAUUGUCCCGGUGGCUUAACUUACGAACCAUAUUGUGGAUGUUGCUUAGUUUGUGCAAAGGUACUUGGAGAAUCGUGUGGUGGACCAUGGGGAUCUUCGGGUCAUUGUGACAAAGGCUUAGAAUGUUAUAUCAGCCCAUUCGCAUAUACUAAAGGUUCAUCAAUCGGAGUUUGCCGACAUAUACCUGUCAGUGGAUACGCUGCUGCACCGACAUUUUCUACCUGUAGACCGGCUUGUACUCCAGAAUAUUGCAUGAAAGAUCAUACAGCAAUCUGCUCUGCAACUAAUAAUGCUAUAGAGAUCAAAACUUGUAGAGGUGGAUGUCAACAUACUAGUUGUGAUGCAUGCAGCUAUAUUCCAGUCUGCCAUAAAUGUGCAGUGGAUGAUUUUAAAUGUUUGAAACGUUAUGGUCGAUGUCUUAAACGUAAACGAUGCAAUCGAAGUACAUUUCCGUGUCCAGCGUCUCAGAAGGGAUCUUCUAACACAUAUCAUAAAAUGAAACAUGGAAUAUUUCAAUGUGGUGUCCCUGAUUGUAUUCCGAUAACAGAAGCUCCAACGAAUGCUACAGCAACUGUGACUACUGAUGGUUGA